GACCAGAUUCCCUCGGGAGGUUUGGAGAAACAGCGGUGAAAUGCUUAGCUGAAACUGGCGUAGACUGGCCAUCAAUGGGUGAGGUGCUGCAGAAACUGGACUAUGCACUUCAUCUCUAAGAGCCUGUCAUUCAAGAAAACACUGCCAUCCCUAUUCGCGAGCAAAUCAAUGAUUUCAGUCAUGUUGAUGACACUUCCUCUGCUGCUUCGGUCAAAAUUGGGCUGAUCUCUAGUAUGAAUGCGUUCAGAUUUUGCUCAAGAAAACAGCCGGGAGAAGUUCAAUUAAUGGUUGCACUCCAUGGGAACCAACUAUUCCAAGCCAACAACUUCCAUAAAUGAUGCUUCCAAUUUGAGUAAUCGCGUUCCUUUUGAAAGUUUUCGAGUUCCUUUUGUAGAUUUGCAGGAAGCAACUAAUAACUUUGAUGACAAGUUUCUGAUUGGAGUGGGUAUAUUUGGUAAGGUUUACAGGGGUGUUUUGCGUGAUGGUACAAAGGUGGCCCUGAAAAGACGUAAGCCUGAGUCUCCACAAGGUAUUGAAGAGUUCCGAACAGAAAUUGAGAUACUCUCACACUGCAGCCAUCCACAUCUGGUUUCACUGAUAGGAUACUGUGAUGAAAGAAAUGAGAUGAUUCUAAUUUAUGACUACAUGGAGAAUGGGAACCUCAGUAAACGUUUGUAUGGAUCAGAUCUAUGUCUUCCCACUAUGAGCUGGGAGCAGAGGCUGGAGAUAUGCAUCGGGGCAGCCAGAGGUCUUCACUACCUUCAUAACAGUGCAGUUAUACAUCGUGAUGUCAAGUCUACAAACAUAUUGCUUGAUGAGAAUUUUGUGGCAAAAAUUACUGAUUUUGGAAUAUCCAAGACAACGCCUGAGUUUGAUCAAACCCAUCUUAGCACAAUGGUGCAAGGAAGUAUAGGCUACAUUGACCCUGAAUAUUUUAUAAGGGGACAACUGACAAAAAAAUCUGAUGUUUAUUCUUUCGGUGUUGUUUUAUUCGAAGUUCUUUGUGCUAGGCCUGCCAUAGGUCGUUCACAUAUGAUCAGUUUAGCUGAAUGGGCAGUAGAGACGCAGAAGAUGGGACAGUUGGAACAAAUUGUAGAUCCCACUAUUGUGGCCAAAAUAAGACCAGAGUCCCUCAGGAUGUUUGGAGAAACGGCAGUGAAAUGCUUAGCUUCAUCUAGUGAAAAUAGGCCAUCAAUGGGUGAUGUGCUGUGGAAACUGGAGUAUGCACUUCAUCUCCAAGAGCCUAUCAUUCAAGAUAAUCCUGAAUGAUUCUUUGUUAGUGGAUCAUGUAGAGAUUUAUUUUUUGUUUUGUUGUAACAGUCUUCAGAGUAAGUGUUUCACAUGUGUGUAUGACUUCUAUUAAGUUCUAAUUGUAAACAGCAAAAUGAAGUUUGCUUACCUCUUCUGAGAUUUCUCAGAGACCCCUCCGA